UCAAUUCUCUUGUCUCAACAUUUUGUCACAACAAAUCUACCACCAACCACAUUAAUGCGCAACACUAUCUUCUUAGUUCAAGACACCUCACACACAACACAAUACUUGCACAUGUUUUUUAUUCUUGUCUUUUUCAUUACUUUACGACCAUUUCCAUCAAAACACAUAGUAAUUUUUUGUUUUUGAGAAAUUAAGGAUAACAUAGAUGGAGAAAGAAAAUGGAAAUGGAAGAUCCUUAGCUGAAACUCCAACUUGGGCUGUUGCAACUGUCGUUGCUCUUUUAGUUUCUCUUAGUUUCUUAUCUCAUGGCACAUUGAAAAAAUUGUUUAAGUGGUUGGAUAAAACUAAGAGAAAAUCGCUUCUUUCCGCUAUGGAAAAGAUGCAAGAAGGUAAAGGACUAAGAACUAAUGCUUUUUGGGCUUCUGUCAUUGCUGAUGGGGCAUUGGAUUCUUUUUGUGGCUAAGAUUUGCGUUAAGUCAUCAGUAUUAAGCAGCAGAUUUUUUCCAUGUGCAAUGGAGAAGAGUUUUGGAAUUGUGAAACAAGUUGCAUGGUCAAAUUCAGAAUAUUCAAAUCAAACAAUUCUCAAAGAGCAAGCGCAUCAUGGCAGGCAUAAUUAUUGUCCUAAGGGUCAUGAAUCAUUUGCUUCAUAUGAAAGCCUUGAGCAGCUUCAUCGCUUUGUGUUUGUUCUAGGGAUCACGCAUGUUUCCUAUAGCUUUGUUUCUGUAGCCCUGGCCAUGAUCAAGAUAUACAGCUGGAGAAGAUGGGAAAAUGAAUCAAAGACUAUGGCUGUACAAAGUUUACAAGAUACUUCACAAACUACUUCAACUUCAAGCAUAAGAUUGAGGAGGCUUAGUACAUUCAUUUUUCACCACACAUCCCAUCCUUGGAGUCAUCACAAAGUUCUUGUUUGGCUGAUAUGUUUCAGUCGCCAAUUCUGGAGUUCCAUCAAUCGAGCUGAUUACAUGGCAUUGCGCUUAGGCUUCAUUACUAAUCAUGACCUUCCUCUAACAUACGAUUUCCACAACUACAUGCUUCGAAGCAUGGAUGAGGAAUUCUGUGACAUUGUAGGUGUUAGUGUGGUUCUCUGGAUAUAUGCCAUAUGCUGUAUUUUUCUAAAUUUUCAUAGAAGCAACUUUUACUUUUGGCUUUCCUUUGUCCCAGCAAUUUUGAUCCUCAUAAUCGGUACUAAAUUGCAUCGAGUGGUUGUAAAGUUGGCGGUUGAAGUAAGAGAUCAUUGCCCAUAUAUGAAGCCUCAUCAGUUUAACUUAAGAGAUGAGCUCUUUUGGUUUGGAAAACCAUGGAUUCUCUUGAGGUUAAUACAAUUGAUAUCCUUCUUGAAUGCAUUUGAAAUGUCAACAUUUUUAUGGUCCUUGUGGGAAAUUAAUGAUCCUUCUUGCUUCAUGAACAACCGAACAUACGUUGCGAUCCGAUUGUCAUUCGGGGUUGUCUCACAAAUCUGGUGCAGCUUCAUAACGUUUCCUCUCUAUGUUAUCAUUACACAGAUGGGAUCAAGAUUAAAAAAAUCAGUGAUAUCUGAAAAUGUAAGAAAAUCACUAUCUAAAUGGCAUAGAAGAGUGAAGGCUAAACGAAGUUCCUCUUAUGCACUCCUUACUAAAACAUCACCAACAUCAUUGGAUUUUCUGCUGUAUGGAAUUGACAAUUCAAAUUCAAAUAAAUCUGCCUUCAUCAGUGAGACUGAGGAAGGAAGUUCCUCAGGAACAAAAGACAAUAGUCUUUCUAACCUUGAUGAUGUGUCAAUGACUCAAAAGCUAUGAAGAAUUUCCAAGUUAUGAAGAUCAUCAUGAUGUAAAAUAUGAUUUGUCUCCUCCUCCACUAUCUUGAGACUGAUUUGCUUGUAUUGUGGACAGCAUGAUGAAUUGAAUUGGAAUACUUCUUUUAAUUUCCCUCUCAUACUAUUUAUAGUUUAUAGCAAACUUAUCUAUCAUAUGGCAGACCCUAAUGAAUCA